AUGUGUUUUGCAGAGUUUAAGGCGGCAUUUGAGGUGUUUGUUCUGGAUGCAGAAGACGGCUGUAUCAGCACUAAGAAGCUGGGGAAGGUGAUGAGGAUGCUGGGACAAAACCCCACGCUUGAGGAGCUUCAGGGGAUGAUCGACGAAGUCGACGAAUAUCAAGUGUGUGUGUAUAGAAACGGAGAUGGGUAUAUUGAUAUGGAGAGACUGCGGAAGAUGCUGAAAGCUACAGGAGAGUCGAUCACUAAAGAUGAUGUGGAGGAACUUAUGAAGGAUGGAGACAGAAACAAUGACUGUUUUUCAGACUGA